AUUUCUUUUACAAAAACCGAGGAUUCAACGGUUCCAAUAUAUACAUAUGUAUAUAUAUAGAGACUGAGGGAUGCAUAGAAACACUCGCCAAACGGAUUCCAAUUAUAUUUCAUCCCAAAACGGCAAAACUAUGAGCAGAAACCAAACGAACCGCCAUUAACUUCUCAAUUCCACGUGUCUCCUUCCUAUCCAUUACAACAAGCUCCUCCUUUAUACCCGAUUUCUCAAACAUCUGUUCUUUCUCUCAUUUCUUUGUGUUAAUCUUGUCAUGUCAAGAGCCCACAUUGCCGUUUUGGUGGAUAUUGAUCUCUUUGGCUUUGAUUUUACCUGAAGGAAAAAACCCUUUAUUCUCUGUUUGAGAAAUUUCAAAGAAAAAUUCUUAUCUUUUUGUUAUCUAUCAGGUCUGGUUGAUUGUGAAUAUUGAAACCAUGUGGUUUUUAGUUAAAAAUAUGUCCUUUUACUGAUUCUAGCCUCAUUUAAUGGCAAACAGGGAAACCACCAUUGUCUUUUUUAGCCCAGAAAUGAAUUGCCUUUUUGGUUGAUUGGAGCUUCUUUUUUAAUCCUCUGAACCUUUUACCAUCUUUUCUUUCUCUUCCUGGAAGUUUGGGUGCGGGGUUGGAGAUGAAUGAUCAUGCAGAAGAACAAGCUGUUUAUGAGAUGUGUGUUGUGGUUCCCAGGAGAAGUAUGAAGGAAGAAGAUGAAGAUUGCGACUGCGUCGAGGUUCUGGUGAAGGAAUUAAAGAAUGUGGGAUUUAUAAUUGAUAGAGCUCUUGGCCUAACAGAUGAGUUUAUCAAGUUAGCGGCACCUCUAGAGACACUGGGGAAAGCUGCAUCUCAGUUGAAAAUGAAGAAGCCUACAUAUAUUGGAUUGGAUCUACAGUUUGAAUGGGAGGAGGUCAAAGCAUUUGUGAGGCAACCAGAUGGCUCAUUGUUUAGUUGGUGUGAACGUUUUGACUGCUACCAUCAUUUAUUAUAUGGGAUUGUAAACAAGGCCAAGGUAGAUACAACUUUGAAAUUGGAUGGCAAGGAGUAUCUUUGGGAAGUUGGGGAAUCUUUGCUGCGGAAAUUGGAAUCUGAGGGCAUUGUUAAACAAAUUUUUCCUCUGCAUGAUGAAAUCAAGAGGAAGGAGCUUCUAAAACAUUGGGUGCUGAAUUGGCGGCACUUCACAAACCAGCAAAUUGAUGAAAUGUAUUCAUAUUUUGGGUUGAAGAUUGCCAUCUAUUUUACUUUCCUUAGCAUGUAUACACGUUGGUUGCUCUUUCCAGCUGUUUUUGGGCUUCUUGUCCAGUUGGUUGACUUUGGAUCAUUGCAGUUCCUAGCUCUCCCUGCAUUCUUUGUGAACAUAACAUUAUGGGCAGUGUUAUUUUUCCAGUUCUGGAAACGUAAAAACUCUGCUGUUGUCACCAGAUGGCAGAUACAAUAUUCAUCUCUUGCUGGCCAAGGAUGCAAGAUUUUGAGCACGGAAAUGAGUUGCUUACAGUCACAUCUAGAACGUGUAAAAAAUUUGGGGAUUGAUAAAAUGAAAGAGAAAGAAGCAUAUCAAAGAUAUGAAUGGUUUGGACAUCUCAUGCAGUUUAGAAAUAAUGCUAUCAUUAUUUUGAGUAUUAUAUGCCUACAGUUGCCGUUUGAGUUGGCCUAUGCUCAUCUUUAUGAAGUUAUGGAUUCAGAUAUGAUGAAGUUUGGGCUGACAGCUGCUUAUCUCGUUCUCAUUCAGUAUUUCACUAGGCUUGGGGGCAAGAUAUCAGUGAAGCUCAUACAAUAUGAAAAUAAUGAAACCACAGAAUAUCAGGCUGCUAGUUUGGUCUACAAAGUGUUUGGCCUUUAUUUUAUGCAGUCAUAUAUAGGAGUUUUCUAUCAUGCCCUUUUACAUCGCAACUUUAAGACUCUUCGCCAGGUUUUAAUUCAGCGUCUGAUUGUGUGCCAGUUGCUGGACAAUCUGUUGGAGAAUUCACUACCAUAUCUCAAAUACAGCUAUAAAAAAUAUUGGGCUGUCAGAAACAAGAAAAAACGAGACAAUGAACCAUCAAAUGAGAAGAUCCAGUUCAAUUCCAAGGUGGAGAAAGAGUACCUAAAACCUACAUAUUCAGCGUGUAUUGGUGAAGAGCUAGAAGAUGGCCUAUUUGAUGACUUUCUGCAGUUAACAUUGCAAUUUGGAAUGAUCAUGAUGUUCGCUUGUGCAUUCCCCCUUGCAUUUGCCUUUGCGGCCGUGGUUAGAACAGAUGCAAUGAAGCUGCUCAGCAUGCUGAAAAGACCAGUUCCACGAGCUGCUGCCACUAUUGGAGCUUGGCUCAACAUAUUUCAGUUUCUAAUAGUGAUGUCAAUCUGCACCAACUCUGCACUUCUAGUAUGCUUAUAUGACCAAGAAGGGAAAUGGAAAAUAGAGCCUGGGCUUGCUGCAAUUCUCAUAUUGGAGCAUGUGCUUUUGCUAAUUAAAUUUGGGGUCUCUCGCUUCCUCCCUGAGGAACCUCACUGGGUAAGAGCCAACCGAGCAAAAAAUGCAACACAGGCACAGGGCUUCUGCUCUAGACAGCUUUUGAGAAGCAUUUCUGGAGGAGAAAAGACAUUUGCUCUUAAGAAGGCCGAAUGAGGAUACAGAAAGCCAAGCACUUUCUGAAUCUUGUGUUUAGAGAUUAGUAAACCAAGAACCGGAAACCAGCAUUGCAGUUGUUUGAGAGAAGCAAGGGCAGUGAUGAGUUUAAAGCAAUUUUGAUAGUACCUUUGUAUUUAUUAGAUGAAUUUUGUGUCAUUGUCUUGUGUAAGAUUCAGUCUAAGGCUACUGGAUUUACCUUGCUUUUUCAUUAAAGAGAAAUAAAAAAUUUUUUUGUUACAA